UUUUAACGGACAACGUUGGAAACUCAGAAAAAUGGGUGAUCACUGGUUUAUCAUAUUGAGCAUAAUAUGUGGGUUAUGUGUGGCAGCAGAGCUUGAGAGAUUUGAGCAGCCCUGCAAAGGCGAAUGUUCCCUUAGCUUUUUGGUCAUCGGAGACUGGGGCAGACGAGGCGCUUUUAACCAAUCCCAAGUUGCUUUCCAGAUGGGAAAGAUAGGAGAGAAGCUGGACAUUGAUUUCGUAGUUUCAUCGGGAGAUAAUUUUUACGACAAUGGAUUGAACGGCCCACAUGAUCCAGCGUUUGAACAGUCUUUCACCAAUAUUUACACCGCAAACAGCCUCCAAAAACAGUGGUUCUCCGUGUUGGGCAACCACGAUUACAGGGGUGAUGCCGAGGCUCAAUUGAGUCCUCUUCUUAGAAAAAUUGACAGCAGAUGGCGUUGUCUUAGAUCCUUCAUCGUCGAUGCCGAACUAGCUGAGAUAAUCUUUGUGGACACCACACCUUUCGUGAAGAGCUACUUCCUAGACCCUGAAGAUCACACUUAUGAUUGGCGCGGAGUACAUCCUCGCAAACAUUACGUUAACAAUUUGUUGAAGGAUGUGGAGCGUGCAUUAAGAGAAUCAAGUGCAAAAUGGAAGAUUGUUGUAGGACACCAUGCAAUUCGAAGUAUUGGGCAUCAUGGUGAUACUCCCGAACUUGCUACUCAUCUCCUUCCCAUUCUCAAGGCUAAUGAUGUUGAUUUUUACAUGAAUGGACAUGACCACUGCCUAGAACAUAUCAGUGACACAGAGAGUCCCAUACAGUUUCUAACCAGCGGGGCAGGGUCUAAAGCAUGGAGGGGUGAUGUCAAACGACUAAACAGAGAGGGACUAAAAUUCUUCUAUGAUGGUCAAGGUUUCAUGUCAGUCAAGUUAACCCAAUCUGAUGCAGAGAUUGUGUUUUACGAUGUUUAUGGCAAGAUUUUGCAUACAUGGAACGCAAAGAAACAGUUUGUUGAUUACUCAUCAAUAUAGAAGGUUUUAAUUUGAACUACUCCCUCUCCAUCUCCCUCAAGUAUAUAAACUAUUCUUCUUCAGGAUGGAGCUUGUAGUUGGAAUUCCAUAUUAAUUUGAAUUUGAGGAACUUGAUGUGAAGAAUUCGUUCCUUUUACUACCAUUGCAGUUCAAUGCAAGCUAAUAUUUCUAAUAAUAAUU